ACCACCAACACAGUCACCGUGGGUGGCCGCCUGGCCGGCCAGUGUUUUGAGUUGGUGACUAGGCUAUGUGUGCGUCCCAUCUCCUUUCUACUGAAGUCUGCACUCGUUCACAACUUCCCACAAAUCUAAAAGCACUGGAUUGGUGGAGGAUGGGAUAGAGGGAGAGUUUCUGUAAGUAUUCAUUAAAGGACUGUAUGGGUAUAGGCUAAAUAUAACCAACAGUAUAUUUCUUAGUAAUAUCCUUUCAAAUCAGUGAAAGGAAGUGAACAAGUGCACACUUUGGGAGAAAGGAGAGAUAAACAGGGCCGCUUUGUUGGUGAGGGUGGCGGGGACGUGCCCAAUGCAUGCCCGGUCUAGCUGGCUUGUUGUAGCAACCACGGUUGCCACGGGGAAGGGGCUGAAUGAAACAUCCCUGCUGUGAUGGGAGGAUGGAGACCCAUAACAUAAUCAUCAUCACACAGAAUAGGCGACGAGGAAUGGAGACAUUCAAUGUACUUGGGAAUGAAAUCUCUCCGGGAGACGCACUACCGGGGCCGUCACACAACGAGCCCGUUUGGAGCUUGUCACCUCCACCGGGCACCGGACCCUCACCUGUAUCCGAGCUCUCCUUCAGCCUAAAGAGCCUCCGAUGCCAUGACGGCGCCGACACGCCGCGCAGAAAGCUGCGACUGACGCCGGAGCUAGUGACUCCCAGUCCCCCUGGGCCCACGCCGGGUUCGACGUGCGGCAGAGGGCUUGUCCCCCGAGGAGAGGAGACGCCGACAGGUAACAUCCUGACAGACUCCGGGAACAGAAGGGGAGAGAGGUUUCUCUCCCCUGCAUGUUCUGCUCCUAAAAUGAAGCGUCUGCGUGUGAAGCUGUCGACCCGGUUCUGCAGCGUUGCAGUUCAGAGGUCAGACCCAGGGGUCCGGGGUCUCAGAUGUCAAGGUCAAAGUUCCCCGCCAGGAGGCGGAGCCUUGCGUGUCCGUCAGGGUGACGUGGAGCUGCCAGAUGUUGAGGCAUUGCUCUCUGUACGGCAGGUCAAGUCCAGGAGGCUGCCUUUCCCUCCCAGUAGCCUCCUGGGUUCUACCAUGGAGGACCACACCCUGACAGGAGAUUACAGCAAGCCAUUACUGUUACCAGUAGAGAGAGUGGAACUCCAGGGUCUUCACUGCAUCUCAGCCCAAACAGUGGCGUCUCUGCUAAGAGGACAGUACAGCGGAACAGUGGGAGACUUCCUCAUCAUAGACUGUCGCUACCCUUAUGAGUACCACGGUGGACACAUCAAGGGGGCAGACAACCUCCACACCGAGGCUCAGAUCCAAGGGGUUUUACUCCAGCUCCCUGCCCUCUACCAGCUCUCCUCCUGGGGCAGAGCUCCCACCAGCCCCCCUGGACAGGCUCCAGAUCCAGGCGUCAGUGGUAUUUCCAUUGGUGGAGUGUUACAGAGGUCCAGCUCACAGUCACAUUCACCCGGAAGUGGUACCACUCCACCAGGACAGGGGUCACCCAUGGAGGGGUCGUCGCCACGGAAACUGAUUGUGUUCCACUGCGAGUUCUCGUCAGAGAGGGGCCCACGGCUAUGUCAUUACCUGAGAGAGCUGGACAGAGUGCUCCAUGCCUCCCUCUACCCUCUGCUCUUCUACCCUGAGCUCUACCUGCUGGAGGGGGGCUACAGACACUUCUACUCCUGCUACCCGGAGCUGUGUGAGCCGCGUGGCUAUGUUCCCAUGCUCCACGGGGAGUACAGAGAGCAGCUGGGACGAUUCAGACGGAAGACCAAGUCACGACUCCACAAGAGACUGCCGCUCUACAAGACUCACUGAUUGGACACUUGCUUGCAUACCAAGCUUCUACGGUUCCCUUUACCCAAUGGUGACUGACACCCUUACAGUCUGCUGUCAGAUUGGAUAGAUUGGCAUCAGGGGGUCGUCUAACAAUAACCACCUGAUGCAGAUCUCUUUUGAAAUGAGUUAUCAAUAAAGUUGUUUCAAUACAAAAAGAAUGUGUCAUUGUC